UUUUUUUUUUCUCCACCCCAAUGAACCGCAGACCUCAUUUCAUCGCCUCCGCCUGGUCUCCUCGACCCAUAAAGCCCAAGUUGCCUGAUCAGCGUUCCAGGAUCUCUUGCCCCGUUGGCCCCACGGCGGAUCUUUAAGGACGACGAUAGAGUGAGGAGAAGUCAGCAAGCAAGAGCAUGCUGUUUUCCAGACUCGGUAUCCAAGGUAUCCAGCAUUAGAAUAGGUAUGGUACCGUUCCUAUUCAAGCUCAUUUCUAGGUUUUUACCAUAUUUUACACUCCCUCCCUAUUUGACUUGCCCAUCGUGGCAACCUAGGUACUUACCUACUUGGAAGAAGCCACGCCGGGCUGCCUCCCCGCGAAACCCGGCUUCCCUUCUGAGAUAAUACUUCUGAUAUUGCGUCCUGUUUUCCUUCGUCUGACGGCUCAGGUCUCAUCUGCCAUAAGUGCACGUCAACCUUUGAAACUCGACUUAGCCUCGUCGUUAUACAUCGAGACUUUUUCCCUAUUUGAAAAGUCUAUAACAACUUGUGAGACGACUGCCGACGAUGGACUUUUCUCAUAAUGGUGGUGAAUCAUCAUCCUUCGCUCAUGCACAGCCUUCCCCGGAAGCCCAUUUUGACUUUUUUGAAUGGCAUGGACACUUCCAGUCAUGCGUGCGGUAUUUCCUCGACCAUGCGCAGCACUCUGAGCAUGUCAAGGUGGUAGCUGCCUUUAUCAACAUAACGUUACCGUUCCAGAACGUCAACAAGCCCAUCAUGUCAUCAAGGUCUGGCAUCUCUCCGACCGGGCAGCAACAGUUCCCGGGCAAGCCGGGACCCGGAAUAGGGUCUUCGAGAGGGGAGGUUGACUUCAGUUUCGGCGGAUUCAGAGGCACCUCGAUGCCCUUCCAUUCGCCUCAGCAGCAUCUACCGCAACACCAAGAUCGGACCGGAACACCAUCUCCGGCCAUGCCAUACUGCACGCUGACGCCCUACAUCCGUCGACUGGUGGCGAUGGGCCUGGACUCCGAAGGCAUGCUGCAUGGAUUUUUUGGUGACGACUGGAAAUUAGGGGUCGGCCCCUUUCACGAAGUGGAGAGGCGCAACUACUUGUUUGCCUCGAAGAGCGCCAAUUGGUUGCGCGUCAAGGCGAGCUACGACAUGGACGGCGGUCAGUACAUCCCGUACAUCAAGCCACUUCAAAAUGCUACCGAGGCAGAGAUCAAGUCCGCCGACAACAGCUGGAGUGAGUGGCUGCUCAUGCAGGAUUGGAUGGUUGGUCCCAGGGCCCCUACCGACAUGGAAGAUAUUGGAUUUGGCGGUCAGCCGCAGCAGAGGCGCCAAAGCCACCACCACCAUGGCCAGCAGCGCGACGAGGGGGGUGCGAGGGUCCAUAUCAAGCGUGAAGAGGAAUGAGAACGCACUUGGGAAAUCCCACACACGCGUGCUCACCGUUUGAGUUUUUUUUUCUCCCCCUAGAAUAAUGCUUCUCUCUUAUUUGUGGUAAUUUGGGAUGGUUAUGACUGGGCAUGACGGACCGGAAAACUUGGGCAUACGAGGAGACUUGGCUGGUAGAUUUUGCUACAAAGCUUUUCCCCUUUUUCGUUUUCCUUUUUUUUUUUUUUUUUUUUGUCUCUACCUCUCUCUCUCUCUCUCCGUCUCUCUUUCUCUCGUCAGAUCUCAACAAGUACCCGAACGCCACCCUUGGCUGCAUUAUCGCUAUCCUGCCCGCCCGUCGGAGAAAUCGCCAGGUUACAGAUCGUAUCUCAACGAUUCCUGAUUUUAUCCGCGGUGGCUUGAUGAUCGGGCCUGAAAUAGUGGCCCGAUUCUAUGGACAGGGGAGUUCAAGCCGCUUGCGCAAAAAGGCGCAAGACUGCAUGGGACGACGUCAGAGCUUCUCGAAGGAGGUGAGAGCUGGCGAUCAGGGUUUUUGGGGCUUGCUGGGGUUGCUUUUUCGGCGGGCUCGGGCUUAACAAGAAUGCCCGAAGAUGGCUGAGCUGGUAUUUACUUCUGUGAUCCUUCGGGGUUGAAGCUGGCCCCAGCCGUAGCGAAGUACUGCCAGGUAUAGCUACAUAUUAGAAACAAACAAGGAAUGCAAUGUUACCCUAACCCUAAAAAUACACACACAGCGAUUAAGCAGCA